UCGACUAUUUUCUGCGUUUUUUUUCUGAAUUUGAAUUGGUGUGGCCGAGUGCUUCAAAAUAGGGAACGCUGGGAAGCGCAGAUGCAUCGAUUGGAACAAUUUGGUAUUUUCGCUUCGAAAUGCAUAGUCACACUGGUCUCAUAGUGGUGGGUGUGACCAGCUGCAGACAUGCAGAUAGCGCGUUCUUUUGCCGGCCUCUUCUACGAGGCGGCACGGUAUUUGGCUGGACAGAGCGUUGGGCACUCAACAUUUCCAAGGCACUCAUCCCAAAUCAAAAUUCUGUAUAAAAAUAUCAAUAAAAAGGAACCACGUCGUGUUCGGAGAUAUAAUGAGUGUGAGUCCCAACCCACAUAAGAGCAACCCAAAUGUAGACCCACACAGCCGCGCCGCAAACUGCGAUCUGGGGCACAAGCUACCUAAUGGCCGUGCGAUGGCUGAUUCGCGAAGCAAUCGUUGCCACGACCAAGUCUUCAGCGGAUCGCUCAACUCGCUGGCCAGAAAGGAGGAAAGCGAGGAGGAUGCAAAGGUUGGGCCGGGGCCAGGCACGGGUCGCGUCGGCCUCCAGAACAUCGCCAAUACCUGCUACAUGAACUCGGCGCUGCAGGCGCUGAGCAACCUGCCACCCAUGACGCAUUACUUCAUCAACUGCAGCGAGUUGGUGGAGUACAUUGCGGACCAGAGCGUCCGUCGCUGCAAGCCCGCUGGCCUGGCCAAGAGCUAUCGCCGCCUGAUGCAGGAUAUUUGGCAGGAAGUUGACGGACAGAAAGAGUCUGUUGCUCCGCGUGGCAUUUUGUACGGCAUUCGGUCGGUGCAUCCCAUGUUUAGGGGUUAUCAGCAACAUGACACCCAGGAGUUUCUCCGCUGCUUCAUGGACCAGCUACAUGAGGAGCUCACGGAACAGGUAUCGCUGCUGCCACAGUCUCAAAACCAAGCGCAGAUGCAGUCACAGUCCGAGGAGCAGCCCAGCGAGACGGACGACGACAACGAGGAUGAGGUGGCUCCUGCCUCGUUAACACCAACAACUUCCGAGAGUGAGUACGACACCUGUGAGAGCAGCAUGUCGGAGCGGUCGGCAGAAGUGCUGCUCAAGACAGAGUACUUUGUGACACCGCGUCGAACAAACAGCUCUAGCGGCACCCUUCCGGAAGCUCACCCAGUGCAGCAACAACAGCCAAAUGGACCUACCGCAGAACAAAAGCCUGUGGAGGCGGCACGCUCCAUAAUUAGCGACGUGUUCGACGGGAAGCUCUUAUCCUCUGUACAGUGCCUAACCUGCGAUCGGGUAUCCACGCGCGAGGAAACAUUCCAGGACCUUUCGCUGCCCAUUCCCAACCGCGACUUUCUUAACGUGCUCCACCAGACGCACAGCCUAAGUGUGCAGAGCCUGAAUGCCGCCGAGACAUCCGCAAGGAGCAACGAAGGCUGGUUGGCCUGGAUGUGGAAUAUGCUGCGGUCGUGGAUCUAUGGACCCUCAGUGACGCUCUACGAUUGCAUGGCAAGCUUCUUCAGUGCCGACGAGCUCAAGGGGGAUAACAUGUACAGCUGUGAGCGUUGUAACAAGCUGCGCACGGGCAUCAAGUACUCCAAAGUCCUCAUACCCGAGGUGUUGUGCAUCCAUUUGAAGCGCUUCAGACACGAUCUGUCUUACAGCACGAAAAUAUCGUCGGACGUCUACUUUCCGCUGGAGGGCUUUGAUAUGCGGCCCUACAUUCAUAAGGACUGCAGCGAGGUGCCCAUCUACAACCUGUCGUCGGUAAUCUGUCACCACGGCACAGUGGGCGGUGGCCAUUACACCUGCUAUGCCCGAAAUACGCUCAACGGCCGAUGGUAUGAGUUUGAUGAUCAAUACGUGUCGGAAGUGACUCCGGCGGUGCAGACCUGUCAGGCGUAUGUGCUCUUCUACCAAAAGCACAACCCCCAAAUGAAGGUGGUAAGGGACAAAGCUAUUAGUUUGUCUACCACACAUCCGCUGUGCGACUCGGAUAUCCAGUUCUAUGUGACCCGGGAGUGGCUGUCGCGUCUGGCCACUUUCUCGGAGCGGCCGAUUAAUAACCAGGAGAUGCUCUGCCCCCACGGCGAUUUACAUUCCAAAGCGGACUUGAUCAGCCAGAUAGCGGUGCCCAUCUCGCAGCCGCUGUGGGAUUACCUCUACCGGACAUUUGGUGGCGGGCCGGCUGUAAACAUCAUGUUCGAGUGCGAGAUCUGUAAGCGGGCGGCGGAGACCCUUUCGCGUCGUCAGCAGUAUGAGCUUAACGAGUUCACCAAGUACAAUGGGCUGCAAAACGAAUUCGAUUCGACUGCCAUCUAUGCCAUCGCCAUGCCCUGGUUGCGCUCCUGGCAGCAGUUUUCGCGCGGCAAGACCCACAAGGAGCCGGGACCAAUAGCCAACGAGGGCAUCGCUGCACCCACCGAGAACAGCUCGAUAAAUGGCUGUGUUGCCGCCACCGUGAGCUGCGUGCGAUUGGGCUCUGAUUAUGCCCAACUCAAUGCCCGUUUGUGGCGAUUCUUGCAUAACAUCUAUGGCGGCGGACCGGAGAUCAUGCUGCGCCAGGCUCUCUCCGACGACGAAGAUGAUGCCGGAGAGAUUGAAAUUAUCGAUCAGGACGAUGAGUGUGAUGAUGACGAGGAGAAUCAGGAGGACCAAGAUGAGGACGUUGUCGUGCAAGAGCAGGAUAUAAUUGAGACUGCCGAUUAUCAGCACAAUCAUUCCGACACUGAAAGCAACUUGGGACGACGCAAUACGCCGAGUCCAACUAUCAGUCGCAGUCGAAGUCCGACGGGCAAGCGUCAUUCCGAGGAGGCGGAGUUGGAUCUGCAGCCAAGUAGUCCAAAGUCAAAGCGCAACAGGUCGAAAGUGAGUUCGGCCAUGCGUUUAAAUAUGCGGAAGAAGGGCAAGCGGAACCGCAGCGCCUACAAGCAGCAUGCCGAGAUGUUUGGCGCCAAAGGUAAGUUUAAUCUGCUUAAUUCUGCGGACGAGCAGCAGAACAGAGACAAGGAUAAGGACAAGAGCAAGGAUCGAACUAAUGCAUUUCCGAGCGAAUACAGCUUACCCAUCUCUAUACCAUUCCAAAGCGACAAUUUCCAGGUGAACGGCGUUCACGAGAAGGGAGUGCGCGACAAGAGUAAACUGCUGCGGAACGGCACCAGGAGCGGCAGCAACUCAACCAGCAACAAUAAGGAGAACGUGACGCUGCAAAAGUUCGUGACGCUGCGAGAGGCGAAUGGGCCGAGCGACGAGACUGACAUUUGAUCGACGGAUCAGCCAGCGGAUCGAGCCGGAACAGAAGGAGCUGGUGAAGUUCCUGGACCACCGCUGAUUCGCAGGCCCACGAAAACCAAGUUUAGGCGUAAACGAAAGCGUUAUUAGUUGUAAUACCUCAGUGUGUUUGUUUUUGGUUGGGUUGGAGGCUGGAGGCUAUUUAAGCUACAUAUGUAAAAAUGUAUUUAUAAAUUAAUCGUAUUGCCAUUCCCUAUAGACCAGGCACCCUACCAGUUUACAUUGUCCUGGCUCCCGGCCCAGGAACUAUCUUUGUAUAUAUAUAGAAUAUAAUAAAUAUAUAUAUGUGGGA